AUGCGUGUGUCAUGCCAUCUGAUCUAAAAGCUGACUAAAGCCAAGUGUGUCACGGUUCAACAACACGCAGACGAACACGAUACCGAGGGCUUAGAGUCAAGCAGCGGCCUCUGCUGUUGUUCAUGCGCGUUGCCACAUUAAUCCAACAUGGCGGCAAUUUCGGACGACAUGGGAUGGUGGAAAAGCGUUGUUCUGUUCUCAGCUAUCCUCAAGUCACUGUUGAUUCCAGCUUAGUACCAUUCAUUUAAUUCGCGGGUGUUCUAUUAUCUAGCCUUUAGUUCUUUUAAACAUUUUAAAGUGUAAUGUACAUGUGUGAUUGCGUUAGUCGAUAUUCAACUUCACCUAUUAUUUUACACUGUAUUUUAACGAUCUACUUUCCUCACUUAAGACUUACAAAGAUUUCUGAUCUCAAACACUGUAGCCUACACUGCAGAACUAUCAAAACCAUUUCUCUGGGAAUUUUCAACUCCGUUUCGGCGGUAAGCGAUAAAAUGGUGAAAAAUCAGUGCAUCUGAAUAAGGCUUGAGGGAGAAUAUGCAAGCUCGUGUAUAAAGCUUAACUUUGAAAGCAAAAAAUAAAUUUGAAUAAAUACAGUGAUCGUUCUUUACAUUUCAUGUGAAACAUUUGCUUGAGGCACACAGAUUUUAUAAUUUACUUGUCACUGUAAUAUGCACAAAGAAUUGACUUGGGACUACCAUAGUUGGUCUAACUUUUCAAUUAAAGAUCAGUUUCUUUCAAAUUCAGGUCAUAUGUUUUUAUUUUAAUUUGUUUUACUUGUCUAAGACUUUAACUUAGGCAUAAUACAUUUAUCCACAUGUGUACUCAGCUAACUAAGCAUGUCAAAGCCUGUGUAGACACCUAAACAAACACUGCUAUUAUUGAUGCAAAAUUUACCACAUAUUCAAUAUCAUUCCAUUUCAUACAACUUCAGAAUACAUAAAUGAUAUGCUGGUGUCAAAACUGUAGAUUAAACCCUUUGAAAAAUACAGUCACACUUUCUUCAUUAAGAUUCAAAAGACUUUGGCCACCUAAUGCAUUUCUGAUAAUUCAAUCGACCAUUCAAAUUUUUUUAAAUAUUUCCAUUUUUUAUUCUGUAAUUUUUAAUUGCAAAGGAUUGAUUGUUUAAUUUUUGUAUCUUUCUUAUAUUGAUCUUUGUAACGCGCUAUUAUAUUUGCAUACCACAAAACAAGCAACCGACAAGUUCCAUGUGAUAUAAAAAUAACACAUAUACAUAUUGCACUUGUGGUUAGUAUUCACAGCUUGAAUCAUGCUGUGUCAUACUAACCACAAAUGCAAUGUCUAUAUCCUAGUAUGUUAACCGUUUAAGCCCUAAGAGUGAUCAGCGUCAAAUUUCUCCUUGUAAUAUCACUGCUUUAUAAAACACAGUGGUCAUGAGAAUUGAGGGCCUGAUCACACAAGAUGAAUCUAAUUGAUACUUCAACAAAUUCUGCCCACUGCUUCUAUUGAAAACAUAUAGGGACAACAAAUGAGAAUUUGAAUUUUGAUAUUAGGGUUUAAAGGGUUAAUAAGGGCGUGACAUUUUCUUGUGAGGAUCUUUAUCAGCUUAAUCUAUUAAAUUAUGAUUCACUUGAUCAUAACAACUUGUUAGCUAUGAGAAAUAAUAAUAAUAGCCUUUUUGCACACGUUAUAAUAUUCCAUUGCAUUAGAGGUAAAUAUUUAAGUUUCUCAUAGAAAAUACUAUAGAUUAAUCAACCUGAACUACACAUGACUAGGUACUAAACGUCUAAGGAAUCUGUUGCUGUUUUCAGAUAUGGGAGGGAGACUUCACCCAUUUUCAUCAGCUUUAUAUUUCUUUAACUUUUGCCGUCUUUGAUGUGUGUUUAUAUCGAUCGUGUCCAUAUUUGCAUGCCUCCUCUUAAGGGCCUGACCCAUAGUCCAACAUCCCAGCAACUUAAGAACAAUGAAUAAUGGAAAUCUAGAGUGUUGUAAGUGUUUUUAUUCAUGUCCCAUGUUGUAUUUCAAUAAUUCUUAUUUACAGUAAUUGUCUUGAUCCUCACUGGCUGGUACAAAUUAAAGUGGUACAGAUUUGUUAUUAACCUGAUUCAUUAACAAUAUUUGAUAAUCAUCAGAAAUCCUUGAAACUAACAUUUAAUUGACAGUGUGAGUAACUACAUAUGUUAAAGAAUACAGUUCUUUCACGAAGAUAUCAUUGUGUUUGACUGAAGCUUGCUUUUUGCAGACAGUUACUAACUAAACAUAUUGUUAAUUUAAACGUUUGACCUUUUUUUGAAAAAGUUGAUUUGGAAAUUGCAAUAUUAUUAAACUUAUACAUAUCAGCACAGAAGGUAAUAAUCAAUCAUUAUCGCUGAUUACAGGUUUAGAACUUUCUCAUUUUUAAGUUUAGAAAACAUGCCCAAGGAAUGGGAUUAGAAUGACAUUAUUUUCUUUGCAUUGGUUCUGUUUUCCCUUUUCUCUGUGGAAAUUUUUCAGUCAUUCUAGUGAUUUUGAAGUACACAGGAACUGGCUUGCUAUCACCUACAGUCUCCCUCUGUCCAAAUGGUAUUACGAGGUACAGUGUUUUCUUGACUUUAUUUUAUAUAUUAAGUUACAUGCAAAUUUUAACAGAGUUAACUGCCAUGAGCAUAGUAGUCUCCGCUUGUCAGCAGUCAAACUCACACGUGCAGGCUUGUGUGAAAGGUUGUUGGCCACAGUGGUAGCCCCUGGAUACCCCAGGCACCCACCUUCUAUUUAGUGAGGCAGCCAGUUAACCCAAGGAAUAUUAAUUUAUUAUGCUACUAUUCAUAAGCUUACUCUGUCUCAAUAAUGUGACUCAGACAUCUACAACUGAAAAGGCUGGUUUUCACUAGCAAGUGUCAAAGUCACACUUAAUACAUUGGCAGACCUAGUGGAGAGGUUUGGACAGAUGCAAGAUUUUGAAAGUGGUUCCAUGUCUGAAUAAAAAACCGUCCUAGGCUACUGAACAUUAGCCGGAGAAUUCAGUGUAGUAACUGGAUAAUUUUCCGAUCUCCAAUGCUUAAUGAACACCCUGAGGUGAUGCUUGCCCCCACCCUAACAUUUUAAAAGCCAAAACAAAGCUGGCAUGGCUCUCUUGUCUUAGUAUCUGGAUCAGCCCUGCAACUCUUCUUAACUCAACUCUUUUUAUGUUUGGUAGAAAACCUCGGAGUGGACUUUGGACUAUCCGCCUCUCUUUGCCUGGUUUGAAUAUUUAUUAUCACAAGCUGCUGCCAUUGUCGACCCACAAAUGGUUGUUAUAAGCAAACUGAAGUAUGUCAGCCAGUCAACCAUCCUGUUCCAAAGAGGAUCAGUUAUUUUUACAGAUCUUCUUCUGGCUUAUGCUAUAAAGGAGUGAGUAUAGCAGUAUUUCAGCCAUGUGGUAUCAAUAGACAACUUCUUCACAGUGUUCUUCAUAGUGUAGUUCCAGAAAAUAUCCAUACUCCCCCCACAGAAGGGAUUGGAAAUUCCUGGAGGGUAGGGGGUUCUCAAAGGCCCAAAAAUUUAAGUAAAUGUAUGAAGCUUGACUGGAAUUUCCAGAGAGGUGGUGGGUGGGGGGGGGGUCUAAGGAAAAAUCUCUUCCGUGGGGGAGGUAUGGAUAAUUUUUGGAACCACACAUUGCCUUCACAUUGUAUGUCCACUUUUUUGUAAUUAUAUCCCAUUAUAAGAAUUAUAUAAAGUCUGUGCAAAGUUAUACCAAAGAGAUUUGUUCAUUUGAUGGUAACACCAAAAAAUUUUUUUCCUAGUUAGAGUUUUAAAUCAUCUUGCCAUAAGUCAGUGUAGAUUAAAGUGAAAGAGAUAAACAUUCAAAAGUUUUCUAAUCCAAUGCUUUAAUCUUCAAUGUAAAAUUUUGGUACAUUUUUUGCCCUGCUUUGUGAAAGUUUGUAACACAAAAUUAACUUUCAGCAUUAAAUAAUCAUUAUUAUUAUAUACAACUUUUGCCCAAAAACAUGAUAUCUUCACACAUGAAAAGGUCACUGUUGCUAUGCUACAUAAUAAAUUGUGCCUUUCGUGGCAGAAAAAAUAUUGUCAUGAAAUGGUUUGGAUUUUCAUUUCUUUUUAUAUAAUGUAAUAGAACAUUACAUGGCUGCUUGGAGUUACGAAAUUUAUAUUUUUCAAUGUUCAAAGAUAAAUUUCUUAUCUCCGCACUGCCAUGUUUUAUCCUUUUCCUUCUUUUUUAAUACUGGUUUACAUGGUCUAUUGUAACAUUUAAUUUGUAGGUACUGUGGUUAUCUUGCAAGAAAGGCUUCUGUUCCAACACGUAAUUGUCUAAUCUUAGCCUUGCUUGUUGUGUUCAAUUUUGGACUUCUUAUUGUGGAUCAUAUCCUUACAUACAAAUCAAUACUACAAGAGCUUCACUGGCUCCCAGUUAAUGAAAGUAUUAUCCUUUAAAUUCUACUUUUUACUUGCAAAGCUUUACAUCACUUAGCACCUCUUUAUAUACAGACCUAGCCAUUAAAUAUUAAUUUUACUCUUCGACACGCAAGCUUAGGUCAUCCUCGUCAAAUCUACUUUCUGUUGCUUUCUGUAAUUUGAAGACAUAUGGUGAUCAUGCGUUCUCAGUCUGUGCUCCAAAAUUAUGGAACUCUUUGCCCCUUGAAUUAAUUUACUCCCAGUUGGACGAUAUCUUUAAGAAUAAGUUGGAGACGUUUCUUUUUAACAGAACAUUUAGUUAACAUCUAUCUAUGUUUGUUUGUUUUCCAAGUAAACUUUUAUUGCCCUUUUUUCAUAAAUUAUUGAUGUUUUAUACUUGUAAAUUUGAAAGUUUACACUUGUAAUCUUUAACUUUUUGUACAUACUUUAUAAAGCGCCUUAGAACUAUAAGGAUUUUGGCACUUUAGAAAGUGAAAUGAUUAUUAUCUAUUAUUAUUAUGAAACUGAUCUUAGGGGCUGAUUCCCAAGGUAAUUUUCAUCUGGGCUAAAAAGUUGUUACAUUUCUAAUUUGAGCCCAAAAUUGGACAGCAAAAUUUGCAGCCGAAGUGUUUCCUUUCAAUACUGAAGCAGCGCACAUGUUUAUGUAAGUUCACAUCGUAUGAUUAGACAGACCUUGUGCAAAAAUAUGAAAAGGUUUGAAAAUUGAUACUCUUCUUGGCUCCUUUAGCUCCUUCGACGACUGAGUAUUUCAUUUGGUAGGCUGAAUAUGUUCCUUAACUUUUCUUCAGACAUUCACUUUCAGUACAAUGGAUUUCUCUUCGGCCUUCUUCUCCUUUCCAUAACAAAGCUGUCUGAGGUAUGUGUAGCAAUAACUAUUAUUCAUAUUGAGGUCUUUGAUGUUUGAAAUUAAACUAAUUAUUUGGCCAUAAGUUCUGUUCUGCUUUCUUUUCCACACAAACUUUGUGAAUCGUAAAUAAUAUUUCAAUAUUUUCUUUCUUUUCUUUUUUUUUAUGUGCUUAUUAUUAUUAGUAUUAUUUUAUUAUUAUUACUUAUAAUGCAUUUAAUGUGUAUAUAUAUUUCUAUAUUAUUCUCAUGUAGUGUCAGUUUGUUAGCUACUCUGAAAUUCGAGUAUAAAUAAAGUUUAUGUUGUUAUUGUUGUUGUUGUGAACUUACUUUACAUCACUUUCAAAAUGAGGUAGUGGUACUAGGUAUGUUAUUUAGAAAACAUUGUGUAUGAAAUCAAUGUACAAGUAAGAUAACGAGAUUUGAAGAACUAUUAACUGAGAUAAUACAUCAAUCAGCCUUUUAAUUGGUGGUCUUCCAGAGGGAGCACCCAAAGGGGUAAAAUUACAGUGUCUGUGUGGUGAAGGGACAUUAGGUUUAGUUCAAAUUAUUGGAAAAACUGAGGCUUUGAGAAAUUAGGAUUCUAACUGUAAUAAACCAUGUACCUUUGUAAAGUCAUUUUGCAUUUUUCAAAAUUGUAGAGAAGCAGUUAAACUGCCUUCAAAGUGGAAGAGGAAUUUGUAAACCCCAUAAUCUGUACAAAUAAUCAUUCAUUUGUUUCAGGGUCAGACAUUGGAGGGUUCAUUUUGGUUUGCUGUGUUGUUAAAUUUCAAGCACAUAUUCCUUUACAUUGCUCCUGCCUACUUUGUGUUUCUUUUACGGACGUACUGUUUUCGUCCUUCUGCAUCAGGAAAGAAAGGUAAUGAUACUUUGUUAACAAUCUAGAUUAGCAAUAGGGCACAAGGUGCCAACAUCAUGACGUAGCCAAUUCUCCAAACUUUUCAUUCUGUACAGUUCUCAUGGUACUGAAGCAGUCUUCUCUUCUCUCCUCUUCUCCUCUCUUUUCCUCUCCUCUUCCCUUUUCCAUUCUCCUCCCAUCCCCUCCCCGCUUCCCCUCUGCUUCUCUUCCCAUCCUUUCGUUCCUGUGAGUGCGUUUACAAACAGUGAAGUUAUAAAAGAAUCCUUGUUUCUGUAGCUUGCAGAAUAGGAACUUUUUCUUUUCAUGCUUUUAAGGCAAGUGCAAAGCAGGUUUUGAAAAUGAGACGCACAAUGGGUGAAAGCGCAGAAAAAAAUUUUUUCCCACGUUUCUUCCAACAUCAUGAAAAAAUAACACUCAUUUUGUAGGCUACAGAAUGUUUGUGAGCCUUCGUACCAGAGGGGACCAAAAGUAGUAAUUCCCCCUAAUGGUCUAUGCGGCAUUUAUUUUGUUGAAAUUUUUUUGUUUUUACUUUCCAUUAUUUACAGAUAAGCAGCUGAUUAUUUUCGGUGUGAAUAUCUGGGAUUUGUCUCCCUUACAUUUAUUGAGACUUGGCGUUAUAGUUGUGCUUGUUUUUGGUGCUUCAUUUGGGCCUUUCAUAGUCAUGGUAGGUUGUUUCAAUAAUUUUAUUACUGUAAGUCCUUCCCCUUUUCUUCUUUGAAUUGUCUCAGCAUGCAAAGAAAGAAGUGUUUGAUAGCCUGGGGCUAGUGGAUUUUGUUAUCUGGCUAGUGAAUUCUGUUCUUAACUGUCCUUAUAGGGAAAGGGCAGUUUUGGGGAAUUCAAAUUGCAGAAGAACUGUGAUCAAUCCUGUUCAUCAAAAAGUUUUUGAGUUAGUUGAAAUGACUGUUGGGCUAGUACAUGCUAGCUACAGCUUGCCCAGAUAGCAAGCUGUAAAACUGUCUUUCUUUGCACCCUGCCUUUUAUUAACAAGUAACGUAGGAAAUAAUUUAUACUAGCAAAUAAAAAAAAGAUCAUUGUGAAAGGACUGUUGUACACCAUUCAUUUUAACCUUAUUAUUUUGUAGUUAUAGCCUCUCCAAAUUGCAAACAUCCAACCAAACUGCAGCUUCAUGGACCCAUCCCUGACAUUUCUACAAUCUUACGUGAACAAAGAAUGCAUUUUGCAGGUCACUCCUGGUGAGCAAAACAAGAACUCACUAGCAAUGUACUGCUGCUCUGGUCACCUAGCCGUGGUAGAAGGCGGGUUGGUCACCCUGCAAUCACCUAUAUCGACCAACUCUGUAGAGACAAGGGAUGCCUUCCAAACGACCUCCCUGCUUUGCUGCAGGACUGCGAUGGAUGGUGUGAUAAGCUCAUGAAUGCCCGAGCUAUUGUGGCUCGACCUGUUGAAUGAUAGCCCUCUCCAGAAAGAACCCUCCCCUCCCCUCCCCUCCCUUCCUCUGCCCUCUAAAUAAUACUCAUGCCACCAUCCUCCUUUGAUGGUUGUGCUAUCAAAAACAUCAUUUAACUUUGCUGUUUCUGAUUUCAGGAUCAGUUGAAUCAAGUAUUAUCUAGACUGUUUCCUUUCAAGCGUGGUUUAUGCCACGCCUACUGGGCUCCAAACUUCUGGGCUUUGUACAAUGCUCUAGAUAAGGCAGUUGCUAUAAUUGGUAAGUUGGAAGUUUAAACUCUUCGUUCCCUAAAGUUACUUGCAAAUGGAUGCAACAACUCCCAACACUGUUGGGCCAACAAUAUUGGGAGUUGUUGCAUCCAUUUUGGCAGUGCUGUGUAAAUGGAUGCAGAAACUCCCAACAGUGCAUCAUGGGAAGGAUACAACUCAUAAGACUUUGUAAACGAUUUGUGAUGUGCAUGCACGGCCCCAACCAUGUUGGAAAGAGCUUUGCAAAUGGAUCCAACAUUGUUGCAUUACUCUUCAGCGAUCACGGAACAAAAGAAAUGUUGGGAGUUUGUGGCUCAAAAUUUUGACCAGUUUCAAACUUUGUACGACGACUCCCAACAUCAUGCAGCAGGGUGUGCAAGUGGACACAACAUGUAACAUCCAACAUUGGAUGGGGGCUUAACUGAGUACUAAGCAUAAAAAUAUUGUGGACCAAAAAUCAUUGAAUUAGUAUAGGUAAUAGCAUGAUUUGUAGUGGUAUUUGACAUAAAUACCACGAGUGAUAUUUCGAAAUUGUUAUACAUAAUUUCACGAGCCGUUAGGCGAGUGAAAUUUGAGACAAUUUUGAAAUAUCACGAGUGGUAUUUAUGCCAAAUAUUACGUACAAAUCAUGCUAUUAUUUGUUUAUACUACUACCCGCAAAAGGUUUGUAAUUUUCACAUGUAGGUAUUUCAAAUUAAGCUGAAAUACCACUGCUCUAAGCCAAUCAGAUUGCAGAAAUUUCUCAUGUAGUAGUAUAAAGGUUGUAAUAUAGUGAAAAUCAAACUCAAAAAACUACUUACCACAUGAGCAAUACCACUGCAAAAAGUUAUGGUUGUAGAGCCUUCUCAGUUGCAGCACCCAUUCUCUGGAAAGCACUGCCAGAUAGUCUCAGAGACCAAUUUUCUUUACCUUCUUUUAAGAAAGAACUAGGUAGUUAUUUAAAAUAGCUUUUUUACAUGUAAAUUUUCUAUUGCUUAUUUUAUUAUUAUUCAGUUUUUAACAAUUAUCAUUAUUAUUAUUGUUGUUGUUAUUAUUAUCAUUAUUAUUAUUAAGAUCAACUGGCACUAUGUGAAAGUUCGACCAAAAAGGAGUUUUUAUUUGAAAGGUCUCAUCAUGGACAUUUCUUUGUAAUUUUGUGGCUUUGUAAUUUUGUUGAGCGUUUACGUGACCAGAAAUUUACAAAAUAACUUAUUAUAGGAAAUGGAUGCUUGUGUUAAUUACAGUAAUUGAAAUCAACGCGACUUUAAUAAAAGCGAAAUGAAGGACAAAUUACUUUCAAUUAAAGGUAAUUAACACGAAAGAGAGGUUAGCAUUUCAGAGGGUCUCAAUGGGAUGGUAACUUAGACGGUUGACGGUUAACUUGUUCUAAAUUUGACGAUUGACGGUUACUAAAAUUUUAGAGAUUUGGACAGUCUUUGUUAUUUUGUUGAGCGUUUACAUGACGAGAAAUCUACACAAUACCAUACCUUAUAAUAGGAAAUGGAUGCUGGUGUUAAUUAUGGUAAUUGAAAUUAACGCGACUUUAAUUAAUGCGACAUGAAUCGAAGGAAGGAUGUUGUUGGAUGUUACCUGUUGCGUCCGUCUACUGUUAAUUAAAGUUAAUUAACGCGGAAGAGAGGGUAGAAUUUCAGAGGGUCUCAAUGGGGUGGUAGCUUAGACGGUUGACGGCGUUAUUUUUUCUAAAUUUGACGAUUGACGGUUAUUGAAAUUUUAGAGCUUUUGACGGUUGACGGUUAAAAAGGAAGUUUAAGUAAUUGGUAAAUUAACUUCUUAAUUUUUCACAUUUCACUCCCCAGGUUUGGCUUUUUCUCGUAGAAAAAAAGGAAACCUAAAGUUUUCUGGAUUCAAAACUGUGAUAGAAGAGUAAUCAGAAAAAUUCUCACUUUCAAAAUAAGUGAAAUUGCAUCUAAAAUUUUCGGGAAAAUGUAACUGAAGCCCUUGUAAUUUCGAAAAGACUCAAGUUCCCCUGUGAUGACCGAACAGAUACAAACUUUAGAGUGCCGCUUGGGAUGCAUUUCUAGGAGAUCUAAAAGAACUCUGAAUAGCCUUAAAAGUGAUUUCAAUGUAUUUAGGGGCAAACCGUCGUUGGGUGCCCUUGCAAAGACCCACAUUCCAACGAAGGAAGUAAACGCGACGUUACCCUGGGUGCCAGAGACUUUUCUAGCGCGGUUUCCGGUUUCUGUCAAGUCUUUGUAGUGACCGGUGGCCUACUGCCGAAGAUGUGUCGGCCUUCGGCCAACACCGAAAAUUCCCGCCGUGGGAAAAACGUCUGGUACCCAGGGUAAUGCGACGUAC